GUCUUUCCUGUCUUCCCUCUGUUUUUCUGCUUCUCUCUCCUGCUUUUCCCCCCUCACCUCUCCAUGAAACUCUGUCCCUGUGCGCCGUGCGCCUCUCAUCUUGUCCUUUUCAUCUCCCUGGUCCCCAUCUCUACCCGGUCCCCAUCUCCAUCCAGCCCCCAUCUCUGUUCAUCUCCAGCUCUUUCUCCAUCUCCCUUGGCUCUCUGCCUCCGACGUGUCUCUCUUGGCCCGUAUUUCUCUUCCUCUUUCUCUGCCUCGCCACCUUCACCCAAGACGAGGCUUCCCUGACAUUUUCCCAGCUCCCCUCCUGCCUCUGCCCCUCCCUCUCUCAGCCCCUCCCAGCACCUUUUCCUGAGUCCCCCACCCCGUCCGCCCUGCCCCGGGGUCCCGCCUUCCUGGAUUCCUCCCAGAUUAGAACACCUUCACCCACCGGGCAGGCGGGUUCUCCUGAACAAUUGUGGCUGCUCCUCUGGCCGGAGAGGGGAGGGAGGAGAUCGGACAGACGGGGAUCCUGCAGUGGGAACUAGGCAGUUAAAAAAAAAAAAAAAAAUGUCAGGAGGAGGGCGGGGGAGCAGGGCCAGCUGCCCAGACGGGGAUAAAAGGCUUCCAUGAGUGACAAGGAAGCCAGACACUACCAAGGCAGCAUCUGAGUCCUUCUCAGCAUCCUCCUCCCAGCCACCAAGGAGCCCCGAGGUCCUGGCUUCCUGGCCUCUGGCCUCCGGCCCUCAUCCAUGUCUCUGAGGGGCGUGGGCUCUGUCUGAGAGAUUCUCUCUGUCUCUGUCCCACCCUCUCCCUCACUUUCUCGCUGCCCCUGCCGGCCCCCAGCCCCCCACCUCCAGCAUGUUCCUCCUGCUGACAGCACUUCAGAUCUUGGCUGUGGCCACGGCACAGAGCCAGGGCAAUGAGAACAAGAUAAUCGGCGGCUACACUUGCAUCAGGAACUCCCAGCCGUGGCAGGCGGCCCUACUGGCAGGUCCCUGGCAUCGUUUCCUCUGCGGAGGGGCCCUGCUGUCUGACCAGUGGGUCAUCACCGCUGCUCACUGCGCCCGCCCGAUCCUUCGAGUAGCUCUGGGCAAGCACAACCUGAGGACGCGGGAGGCCGCCCAGCAGGUGCUGCGCGUGGUGCGCCAGGUGCCCCACCCCCAGUACAACUCCCGGACCCACGAUAAUGACCUGAUGCUGCUGCAGCUGGAGCGGGCUGCUCGGCUGGGGAGGACGGCGAGGCCCAUCGCUGUGGCCAGCUCCUGCGCCAGCCCCGGGACUCCCUGCCGUGUGUCUGGCUGGGGCACCAUAUCCAGUCCCAUUGCCAGGUACCCCAACUCCCUGCAGUGCGUGAACAUCAACGUCUCCCCGGACCAGGAGUGUCGGCAGGCCUACCGGGGAGCCAUCACCCCUGGCAUGGUCUGUGCAGGGGUCCCCCAAGGUGGGAAGGACUCCUGUCAGGGUGACUCCGGGGGACCCCUGGUGUGCAGAGAGCAGCUCCAGGGCCUCGUGUCCUGGGGGAUGGAGCGCUGUGCCCAGCCCGGCUACCCAGGCGUCUAUACCAACUUAUGCAAGUACCAAGCCUGGAUCCAGGAAACCAUGCAGGGCAGAUCAUAGGCAGUGUGACCAAUUCGGCCCCUGCCCACGUGCUCCCCGAGACCCAGGCCUCCUGGACCCCCAGCUCCUCUUCCCUCGGACCCAGCCCCCAGCAUCCUGAUCCUGACCCCUGGCUCAGAACUCCUCCCUCCCAGGGCAGUUCCUUCGGGCGUUUUCUCCGCACCCCUCUCCCAGCACCCUCAUCAUUAUUCAAGGUACCCCAUAGGGCACAUAGAGCAGGAAGGCAGAGGCACCCACCUGGCAGCAUAUUCCAAAGAAGACCAUUUUCGAAACUCUUGGCAUCUCUAAGAACCAAAUAAACCCUACUAAUAAAAAUUUUACGAUCCCAAAUGUCAUUCCUCCAUUCGGCGCAUUCAG